AUCUAGUCAUUCUCUGGAUUAUCAUAAAUUACUUUACGAGCUGUAUCCCGAGACGUUCGAGACCCAACUCUGCUGCCACCACCACCACCACCACCAAGAACGAUCAUCUUAACACCAUGUCUCUAGUAGUGCUCAUCCUCGGAGCCGGGCCCAGAAUUGGUGCCUCCGUCGCUGAGACCUUCGCCAGCAACGGCUACAAGGUCGCCAUCGCAUCCAGAAAGGGGACCGGCGCCAAGACAGCCGAGGGCUACCUCUCCAUCCAGGCCGACUUCACGAACCCAGAGUCCAUUCCGGCCGUGUUCGACACCGUCAAGGCUGCAUUCUCUGCGGCCCCCAGUGUCGUCGUCUACAACGCGCCCGCGCUCACGCCCCCUCCUGACAGCAACUCCAUCUUCUCGAUCCCGGCCGCGAGAUUCGAGUCGGACCUGAAGGUAAACACCGUCAGCGCUUACGUCGCGGCGCAGCAGGCUGUGAUCGGCUGGGAGACACUAUCCAAGGAUAUCAAGAAGACAUUCAUCUAUACCGGUAACAUACAGAACGUCGCCAUCUUGCCUGUGCCUUUACUGGUGGACCUGGGCGUGGGCAAGUCCGCGUCGGCGUACUGGCUCGGUGUUGCCGACGCGACGUCUGCAGCCAAGGGGUACCGAUUCUUCUAUGCAGACGAGCGCACUGCCGACGGCAAGAUCAAGGGUCAGCAACUGGACGGGCCCGCACAUGGCGAGUUCUAUAUUCAGUUGGCGAACCACCAGGAGAAUGUGCCAUGGCAGGCCACCUUCGUCAAGGGCAAGGGCUAUGUUAAGAUCUAG